AUGCUGUACGGAGUCUUCCCAGGCGGGGUAUCUUUCCACGCGGAGAAAGACAUCCCUCCCCUCAAUGGAAAAGUGAUCUUCGUCACCGGCGCUAACGGCUCUCUGAAAGGCAACAUCGGCCUCGGAAAACAAAGCAUCCUCCAGCUCUCGAAGCGCAACCCAAAACGUAUCUACCUCGCAGCCCGAAGCAAAGAGAAAGCCCUCGCCGCGAUCCAAGACAUAAAAGCCACAGUCCCAUCUGCCCCAAUCGAAUUCGUACAAUGCAACCUCGCAGACCUAUCGAGCGUACAAGCCGCGGCCCGAGAAUUCACAAGCAAGGAGGAUAGACUAGACAUCUUGAUUUUGAAUGCUGGCGUAAUGGGCCUUCCAGCCGGGACAACAACAAAUGGCUACGAGAUCCAAUUUGGAACAAAUCAUAUGGGACACGCGUUGCUCACCAAACUCCUGAUGCCAACGUUGUUGAAGACUGCGAAAGAGCCAGGAGCAGAUGUCAGAGUUGUAUGUCUGAGUUCUAUUGGUCAUAUAUCUACAUCUUGGAAUGGCAUUGAGUUUGGACAGCUGAGGGGGGAGAUGAAGUGGUAUCCGAGUCUAGUGCGGUACGCGCAGUCGAAGUUGGCGAACAUCUUGUUUACAAGAGAAUUGGCCAGGAGAUAUCCGAGUGUCACGGCUGUGGGGGUCCACCCUGGGGUCGUGGAUACGGAGCUUUGGCGAACAGUGUUCUCGGGCUGGAUGGGACUGGGUGGGCUGUUGAAUGCGGGAAAGAGGAUGUUUUAUACGACUGUUGAAGGCGGAUCUAAGAAUCAGCUCUGGGGUGCUACGGCGAGGAAGGGAGAUGGGAAGGGGGAAGUGAAGAGUGGGGAGUACUACACUCCUGUUGGAGUCCCUGGGAAUGGGAGUUGGCAGAGCCAGGAUAUGGAUCUGGCGAGGAAGCUGUGGGAGUGGACGGAGAAGGAGCUUGAGGGAUACAAACUUUGA